UCCUCCCCCGGCCCGGAGGGGGAAAACGGGGCGGAUUUUGGGCAUCGCCCUCGGGGGGCAGGAAGGCAACCAAAAACAAAACCGAAAAAAAAACCCGAAAGCGGCGGCUCCGGGGCCAUGGAGGCGCUCCCGGCCGAGGCCUCCUGCCCCGUGUGCCUGGAAGUCCUGCGGGAGCCCGUGUCCAUCCACUGCGGCCACCACUUCUGCCGCCCGUGCAUCGAGCGCUGCUGGGAGUGGCCCACGGCCGCCUUCGCCUGCCCGCGCUGCCGGGACACGGCCCCGCGGCGGAGCCUCCGCCCCAGCCCCGAGCUGGCGCGGCUGCUGGAGCUGGCCCGGAGGCUGAGCCGCGGCCAGGAGGAGGAGGAGGAGGAGGAGGAGGAGGAGGAAGGGUGCCAGAAGCACCGCGAGCCGCUGGAGGUUUUCUGCAAGGAGGACGCGGCUCUGCUGUGCGCGAUCUGCCGCGAGUCGCGGGCGCACCGCGCUCACACCGUGGUGCCGGUGCCGGAGGCGGUCCGGGAAUGCCGGGAACAAAUCCAGGCCGGGCUGCAAACCCUGAAGGACGCCAGGGAAAAACUCCUGGAGCGCCGGGAGGCUGAGAUGAGGAGGAGCUGGCAGUGCUUGGAGGAGACCGGGGCCGAGCGGCGCCGGGUCCUGGCGCAGUUCCAGGGGCUGCGCCUGUCCCUGGAGGAGCUUUGCUGUCGCCUCCUGGCCCGGCUGGGGGACCUGGAGAGCGACGUGGGGAGGGCGCAGGAGGACACCGUGACCGUCCUGACCGAGGAGAUCUCCCGGCUGGACAGCCGCGUCCAGGAGCUGGAGGAGAAGUGUCAGCAACCUGCCAGGACCUUCCUGCAGGACAUCACCGGCACCUUGGGCAGCCUCGGAAAGGAAAACCUCGAGCUGCCCCCGACGCCUCUCCCAGAGCUGGAAAGGAAAAUUCUCGGCUUCAGGGAGGAUUAUCUUCUCCUGGAGGAGACGCUGAGGAGCUUCCAAGACAUCCUGGCGUUUGAGCUGCCGGAGAAAAUGACGGUGACGCUGGACCCCAGCACGGCUCAUCCCCAGCUCCUGGUGGCCCCCGACGGGAGCAGCGUCAGCUGGGAGAGACCCCGGGACCCCCCCGGGGACGGGGACGGAGCCGGCACCGACCCCGCCGCGGACGGAACCGGGCCCGGCACCGACCCCUCCGUGCUGGGCCGAGAGGGGGUCACGGCCGGGAGGCGCUGCUGGGACGUGCAGGUGUCCCCAGAGGGGUCCUGGGCCCUGGGGGUGGCCAGGGAGACCCCCGGGAGUGGGGCUGGGAUCCCCGGGAUAGAGGAAGGGACCCCCGGGAGGACCCCCGGGAGCCCCGAGUGGGAGCUGUGGUCCAUGGGGCUCUGCCAGGGCCAGUUCUGGGCUCUCACCUCCCUGGAGCGCAUCCCGCUGUUCCCCGCCCGCGCCCCCGGCCGGGUGCGGGUGGCCCUGGACUACGAGAGCGGCCGGGUGGCUUUUUUCGACGCCGAGCGGCGGGCGGCCGGGGUGGCUUUUUUCGACGCCGAGCGGCGGAGCCUGAUCUUCGCCUUCCGGCCCGCCUCCUUCGAGGGGCAGAGCGUCCGCCCCUGGUUCCUGGUGUGGGGCGAGGGCUCCCGGCUGGCGCUGUGCCCCUGAGCUUGCCCGAAUCCCGAGGGUUUUCACCCAUUUUCACCUGCGUCCGCUGGGGUCUCUCUCUCGGCUCCGAGCGCCCCUCGGGGUCGCUGUCCCGAGGUGUCACCCCCAAAUCCCCACGGAGCCACGUCUGUGCCACCCCAAUCCCUCUUCCCUCCUCUCCCUCUGGCUUUGGAUGAAGUAA